UCCACUCUUUCACUCUGUCUCAAACGGCCUCGACCCAAGCCAUCUCGUGCAUCGUUGGUUGUGCCUGCCAAGGACUCCUAUCCGAAGAUGACGCUCCUACGCAUCACCCAUACACUACUUGGAGAGACGAUAUUGAUGGUACUUAACUUUCGCGAGGAAGAGCAGGAGAGCACAGAGCAGGCUUUGUCGGCAGGAGAAGCAAUUUCUCACUAUCUCGACAACGAGGAAAUUGAUCCAAACGUUUGCACUUACCUUGCCAUCGUUUUUGAUACACCUUCCUUGUUGUCACAAAGUCUCUCCCAUGUAGAAUACCUUCCGGUGGUUACGACUUCACUCCUUCCAAAUCUGGAACGGAUUGUUCUGUUUGUUCCAAGUCGCUUGCCUAUUGAUCUUUCGCGCAAGGCCUUGCCUCUCCUGCGAGCUGCCCUACUUCCUCUCCUUCACGACAAGAGCCGAGUCGAAAUAGUCCAAGGCUUAGAUAGCUCGGCAAGAUUUGACACAACUCGAAUGUGGGUCAACGCCGACGAAAAGGAAGGCGCUUUCAUGAUCGUCGGUUUGGGUUUCAUGGGCAAUGAUGGUGACGACGGAACGGAAGAUUUUACUGACGCUGCAGUCCAGGAGGCACUUCAAUACUACGAGACUGUAUCGAAGGUCACAAUUUUGACCCAUUGCUCCAAGGAAACCUUCGGCCUAAUUUGCGCACUCCCUGCCCUGGAGGACCUCAGAUUGUGCAAAAUCAACAUUCCGCCGUCUUGGAUAGCUGAAGUGGUUGCAUGUGCGAAUGCAAAGGACAAACGGGAUGGCGCUGGACUGUCACUCCUUCGAUAUCUUUGGUUGCAAGGCGUCACACUUGAAACAUAUCACGACUUUGAGUCUCUGUGUGGCGCGGUGGGUGAAUCAAAGUUGCAUCUUUUCCACGUCACAAAGCCAACUAUUCUUGAUUCGGCCGGGUCUACCUUCAGCCCCAUCUUCAAUAUACUGCAAUGCAAUCCUCAUCUCAUGAUAUUGGAUUGCGCCGAAAACACAAGGUUUGUACCAAGCAACGAUCGAUUGACGGUGGCUCAGCAGCAAGAUGAGGUGUACGAGACUCUCAAACUCACGAACCACAAAGUCUGCAGUUUCAAUUUUGACGAUUCUUGGUCGGUUCUGCCAAACAAGAUCUCAGAGCGCCUGGACCUCAACUUUUAUGGUCUUGGAGCUUUUACGGAUCCCUGCAACUACGCUGUCGGGAAUGACAAUUGGUUCCUUGAGCUUUUGCAGGUGGCCAAGGCACGAGAGCAAUGUUUCGUCAAAGGAGGAGGAGCGGACAAACCGUGUUUGCUUUCCGCACUGUUCGUGCUCUUCCGGGCCCGACCUACCUUGAUUGCAUUCCCACCUGGAAGUACCGGUAUCAAUUGAGUGACGACAGUCCGUACUAAAUGAUUUUUCUUGAAAGGGGGGCGAAUGAGAAAAAAAAAACGAAGAAGAGUGGCAGCAGCUGCAGUGGGCAGCUCGGUCAUCAUGCUCUUCCUACGAUAAACUGUUUGUACAUGUUGUGUUUCACUACCCUUUGAAAUUGUGAUUCUAGUGCGGCACGCAGCAAGAGUAGGUCACCGCACUAGAGAUAAAUGUAGUAGGUACAGGAACCAAC